AUGACGAUCAGAGGAGGGCAGCUUCAGCAACAUGAGAUUGUACAUGUAAAGGGAGACAACUUCUACUUUCUUCGUUGCUAUGCCAUAUCAGACGACCUCCUCGCAACAGAUAAAGUCAUAUUAGACGACCUCCUCGCAACAGAUAAAGUCAUAUUAGACGACCUCCUCGCAACAGAUAAAGUCAUAUUAGACGACCUCCUCGCAACAGAUAAAGUCAUAUUAGACGACCUCCUCGCAACAGAUCAAGUCAUAUUAGACGACCUCCUCGCAACAGAUAAAGUCAUAUUAGACGGCCUCCUCCCAACAGAUAAAGUCAUAUUAGACGAUCUCCUCCCAACAGAUAAAGUCAUAUUAGACGACCUCCUCCCAACAGAUAAAGCCAUAUUAGACGACCUCCUCCCAACAGAUAAAGUCAUAUUAGACGGCCUCCUCCCAACAGAUAAAGUCAUAUUAGACGGCCUCCUCGCAACAGAUAAAGUCAUAUUAGACGAUCUCCUCCCAACAGAUAAAGUCAUAUUAGACGAUCUCCUCCCAACAGAUAAAGUCAUAUUAGACGAUCUCCUCCCAACAGAUAAAGUCAUAUUAGACGACCUCCUCCCAACAGAUAAAGCCAUAUUAGACGACCUCCUCCCAACAGAUAAAGUCAUAUUAGACGGCCUCCUCCCAACAGAUAAAGUCAUAUUAGACGGCCUCCUCGCAACAGAUAAAGUCAUAUUAGACGAUCUCCUCCCAACAGAUAAAGUCAUAUUAGACGAUCUCCUCCCAACAGAUAAAGUCAUAUUAGACGAUCUCCUCCCAACAGAUAAAGUCAUAUUAGACGGCCUCCUCGCAACAGAUAAAGUCAUAUUAGAUGACCUCCUCGCAACAGAUAAAGUCAUAUUAGACGACCUCCUCCCAACAGAUAAAGGCAUAUUAGACGACCUCCUCGCAACAGAUAAAGUCAUAUUAGAUGACCUCCUCGCAACAGAUAAAGUCAUAUUAGAUGACCUCCUCGCAACAGAUAAAGUCAUAUUAGACGCCAUAUUAGACGACCUCCUCGCAACAGAUAAAGUCAUAUUAGACGACCUCCUCCCAACAGAUAAAUUCAUAUUAGACGACCUCCUCGCAAGAGAUAAAGUCAUAUUAGACGGCCUCCUCCCAACAGAUAAAGUCAUAUCAGAUGACCUCCUCGCAACAGAUCAAGUCAUAUCAGACGACCUCCUCCCAACAGAUAAAGUCAUAUUAGACGACCUCCUCCCAACAGAUAAAGUCAUAUCAGAUGACCUCCUCGCAACAGAUAAAGUCAUAUCAGAUGACCUCCUCGCAACAGAUAAAGUCAUAUCAGACGACCUCCUCCCAACAGAUAAAGUCAUAUUAGACGACCUCCUCCCAACAGAUAAAGUCAUAUCAGACGACCUCCUCCCAACAGAUAAAGUCAUAUUAGACGACCUCCUCCCAACAGAUAAAGACAUAUUAGACGACCUCAUCACAACAGAUAAAGUCAUAUUAGACGGCCUCAUCACAACAGAUAAAGUCAUAUUAGACGACCUCCUCGCAACAGAUAAAGUCAUAUUAGACGACCUCCUCCCAACAGAUAAAGUCAUAUUAGAUGACCUCCUCGCAACAGAUAAAGUCAUAUUAGACGACCUCCUCCCAACAGAUAAAGUCAUAUUAGACGACCUCCUCGCAACAGAUAAAGUCAUAUUAGAUGACCUCCUCGCAACAGAUAAAGUCAUAUUAGAUGACCUCCUCGCAACAGAUAAAGUCAUAUUAGACGGCCUCCUCCCAACACUUAAGCCAUAUUAG